AUGGACAAGCCCUCCGCUCCCAAUAAAGCUUCUGCAUCAAUUCCUACUCAGAGUUCGACUACAAGGGUCCCCAGUUUGUCACGUCAGCCACUCAAGGGGAUCUUGAAGAACAAGGACAUUUCCACAUCCUCAACAACAUCUACAGGAUCCCAAUCAGGAAGUAUAAAAAAUGAAACACCCAAGAAAAAAUCCCAGCGAUGGGAUGAAUCUAACAUCUUGGAAACAUCGAGUCACACCUUUGGAAGAGAUCCUGAUCGCCUGAAAAGGAGCAAUUUGAACAUCUCUGAACCCCUGGAUCCAGGCCUAUUUGUAGAAUUCAUGGAAACAGCACCCACUGACGAUGACACCUGGGAUAACAACUGCCUAGUAGACGAACCUGAGAACUUUGCCACACCAAGCAGCAGAACGUAUCACCACCUGUCGGGGGAGCGGAGGGAAUACCUGCUGAAAAGAAAACUUCCAUACGAUGAAGCAGUGAACAGCAAGCUCCCCCGACAAGUGAUUUCAACUGAUCUGCAGGAAGAGAAUAUCCAUGAAGAUGUCGAAGAAAGUAGUAUUAACAACUGCGGAGUGAACCUUGGAAAAUAA